AUGGAAGAAUCCCAAGAGGUAUGUUCCACUUCUCAUUCAUAUAAUUCUUCUUCUUCUUAUUCAUCUUCUCAUUCUUUUAAUGAUUUGUUACAUGAUGAGGAUGAGCUCUUACAAAACAUGCUUUCAAAAUUAAGCUUUUACAAAAAGAAAUGUUCUUGCUUGGAGGAAGAUCUUAAAAUUUCAAAGAAAGAAAUUGCCUCUUUAAAAACCUCCAAUGAUGACCUAAGGAAUUCAUUGGAUGAUGUUUCAAAAGAAAAGCUUUUGAAAGAGAACAACUCUUUGAAUAAUGAAGUUGAAGUGUCUCUUAAAUCCACAAGCACAAAUCUUUGGCAUAUUGGUAGUGGAUGUUCAAGGCAUAUGAUAGGUGACAUGAGUCUAUUCAUAGAUGUCAAAGACUACAAGGGAGGUAAAGUUACUUUCGAAAAUGAUGUCAAGGCUAAGGUAAUUGGCAUCGAAUCUAUUGGUAAGGAUGGUAAAUCUUUCAUUGAUGAUGUUUUCCUAGUUGAUGGUAUGAAAUAUAAUCUAUUGAGUGUAAGUCAAUUGUAUGAUAAGCGGAACAAAGUCACUUUUAGCUCCAAUGGAUGCCUUUUCGGUUCCUUUAUGGAUGACAAGGUGAUAUUCAAAGGAGAAAGAAGUGGCAACACCUACACAAUUAACUUACACAAAGUUAUUAAUCAAUCUUUCAAGUGUCUUGUGUCUAUUAGUGAUGAAUCUUGGCUAUGGAAUAGAAGACUUGGUCAUGCAAGCAUGAAGCUCCCACACAAGUUAGCCAAAGAGGAGCUAGUAAAUGGACUUCCUAAGGACAACCUUGGAAAAUUUGAUGCCAAAACUAUUAUAGGAAUUUUUCUAGGCUACUCCACCUCAAGUAAAGCUUAUAGGGUCUUUAACAAACACACUUUAGUAGUUGAAGAGUCUGUGAAUGUUGUUUUUAAUGAAUCAAACAAGCUUGAUCUUGGGAAAGGUGUUUGUGUGAAUGAUCUUGUAGGUGCAUUUGAGGAACUCAAGGUGAAUGUUGAUGACCCUUCAAAAAAAGUAGAUGAACCUAUAGAGGAAGCUCAAGAAGAUCAAUAUAACUAA